AUGACGAUCUGCACUUCUAAGGCACGUGCGCUUGCACCGAAAGUGGCCAUCGAAGAUAUGAUGAUGAUGAGACGAUGUGGUUCAAUGCCAACUUUGUCUGUCUUCGUCGCUUACGCUCCAACAUCUAGCUACGAAGAAGAAGUCGAACCGUUCUAUGCAUGUGGACCUGGAAAAGUCCUACGGGGAAGAUCAUGCCUUCUACAAGGUCAUAACUGUCAUAGCUUCUGCUUGACGGAUGUCGCUGUUGUGGCAAUGUUCUAUACGGAAUCGCACUAUUGCCUCCUCCGCGGAAAAUUUUCGUUUACCCGGAGGGAAGAGAAAGCCGCAAAGCUCAGGAAGCGAAGUCUCAGAACUGUCAUUAACUGGCAUCUUUUCGCUAUGAUAGCCGGCUUUUGGGAAGAUUCUGCAACGGACAACAUCGACGAGGAAUACGACCUGCUCGUUGAACAUCCUUCACGACUGCACGAGGAAGACAGAGUUUUGAAACCGCCAAAAAAUCUUUUGAAACUCUUAAGCUGA